GAGUUUUAACUACUCAGAUACAUAUGAAAUGCAUGAUCCUUGAACAGUUGAACCACAAUAUAUCUUCCUGUAUUGUUUUGGAUUCGAGUUACGCUUGAGCAUACCACAACAUCUCUACGCAAAUCCUAAGCCAACGGGUCCAUUGACGGUUUUUGCUUCAUUGAUUCCGAUGACUACUGCUACACCACUUUCUGCUUCUUCUUUUUCAUCAAAUCGAAUGGCAAUGGUUUCUUCAACUUUUAGCUCUGAUUAUUAUGGUACUGGCGCCGCUGAUAUUACUAAAAGGCAUGCUGCUUUUCAGUUCUUGGUCUCUCGCUAUCAUUUCAACAACUCUAAAAUGUUCCUUCAGAAACAACGAAACUAUGGGUUCUCUGCACGUCGAGGAUUUCGAGUUUCUUGCGAAACCAAGACAGAGGAGAUUAAGAUAAGAAGGUGUUCACCUAACCUAGAAAGUGCACUAGUUUCCAGAAAUGGUGCCUUGACCUCUGAUGACUGGAGAGCAGUUCCUGACAUUUGGAGGUCUUCAGCAGAGAAAUAUGGCGAUCAGGUUGCAGUGGUAGAUCCGCAUCAUGAUCCACCUACAAGUAUGACUUAUAAACAGCUGGAGGAGGAAAUUUUAGAUUUUUCUGAAGGCCUGAGGGUUAUUGGAGUUAAGCCAGAUGAGAAACUUGCACUUUUUGCUGAUAAUUCAUACCGGUGGCUUGUUGCAGAUCAAGGUAUGAUGGCCAUGGGAGCAGUUGAUGUGGUGAGGGGAUCAAGAUCAUCUGUUGAAGAGCUAUUACAAAUAUACAAUCACUCUGAAAGUGUUGCACUUGCAGUGGACAAUCCUGAAUUGUUCAAUCGAAUUGCAGAAACAUUUUCUUCCAAGGCAGCUCCCAGAUUUGUCAUUCUACUCUGGGGAGAGAAGUCAAGCCUUACUAUCAACGUAAUGGAGGGGAUACCUAUUUUUAAUUACAAGGAGAUAAUAGAUUUGGGGCGAGAGAGCCGUAAGGCUUUCUUUGAUUCUGGUGAUGCUAGGCAGCACUACAAAUAUGAAACAAUAAGCUCUGAUGAUAUUGCUACACUUGUUUAUACUAGUGGAACCACUGGAAAUCCAAAGGGUGUGAUGCUUACACAUAAGAAUCUGCUGCACCAGAUAAAUAAUUUUUGGGAAAUUGUGCCUGCCCAACCUGCAGACAGAUUUCUGAGUAUGCUUCCACCUUGGCAUGCAUAUGAGCGAGCUUGUGAGUAUUUCAUAUUUGCAAAUGGAGCUGAGCAAGUAUACACAACUGUCAGAAAUUUUAAGGUUGAUCUGCAGCAAUAUCAGCCGCAUUACCUAAUCUCCGUUCCUUUAGUAUUUGAGACACUUUAUAGUGGGAUACAAAAACAGAUUUCUAAAAGCUCAACUCUUCGUAAACUUCUUGCAUUUACCUUCAUAAAGAUCAGCUUGGCAUACAUGGAGAUGAAGAGAAUUUAUGAGGGAACUUAUCUUACAAGGUCUCAGAAUGAACAGUCAUAUUUUGUUUCAAUACUGGGCUGGUUACGGGCAAGAAUCUUUGCUGCAAUCUUGUUGCCAGUACAUAUGUUGGCUGAGAAGCUUGUAUACAGUAAAAUUCAGUCAGCAAUCGGAAUAAGAAAGGCUGGUGUUAGUGGAGGUGGUAGUUUACCUGCACAUGUUGACAAGUUUUUUGAGGCAAUUGGAGUUGUGUUGCUGAAUGGAUACGGUAUGACGGAGUCAUCUCCAGUUCUAGCUGCUCGACAACUUAGCAAUAAUGUUCUUGGUUCAGUUGGGCAUCCAAUUCGGCAUACAGAAUUUAAAAUUGUAGAUGCUGAAACUGGAAAAUCUCUUCCAUAUGGUUCAAAAGGGAUUGUAAGAGUCAGGGGGCCGCAAGUGAUGAAAGGUUACUACAAGAAUCCAUUGGCCACAAAGCAAGCUGUAGAUGAGGAUGGUUGGCUAAACACUGGUGAUUUAGGUUGGAUAGCUCCUUACCAUUCAAGAGGGAAAAGCCGUCGCUGUGGAGGGAUUAUUGUUCUUGAAGGUCGUGCUAAGGAUACUAUAGUUCUUUCGACAGGUGAAAAUGUUGAGCCCUUGGAGCUUGAGGAAGCUGCAAUGAAGAGUAGUCUUAUUCAACAGAUUGUUGUUAUUGGCCAGGACCAACGUCGUCUUGGAGCUAUAGUUGUUCCAAACAAAGAGGAGGUUCUAGAGGUUGCAAAAAAGUUGUCCAUUGUAGAUGCAGAUGCCACUGAGCUGAGUAAGAAACAGAUCGCCAACCUGCUAGACAAAGAAUUGAGGAAGUGGACAUCAGAGGCUUCUUUUCAAAUUGGACCAGUCCUUGUUAUCGAUGAGUCUUUUACAAUCGACAGUGGCUUGAUGACCCCAACAAUGAAAAUCCGAAGAGACAAAGUUGUAGCGCUAUACGAAGAACAGAUAGCCAAUCUCUACAAGUAGUUGAUGUGAUCAAAUGCAUAUACGAAGAACAGAUAGCAAUAUGUACAAGCAGUUGAUAUGACCAAAUGCAUAUACGAAGAUGAUAAAAUACAGAAAAUUAUUACAGCCCAGAUAGUGAGCAUAGAGUUAAAAGGCAAGGCCCCAAUUAAGUCCACACAAUUUGUAUCUGUACAUGUCUUGCAAUAAUUUUAUGUUAAAUGGAGCAAUAAAGGUUUAAUUUAUGAACA